AUGAAUGUGAAGCAUCCCGGUGUUGAGACCAGUAAGGUGGACUAUGUGCUGUUCCAGGCAGCCACAGCCAUCAUGGAGGCGGUGGUGCGGGAGUGGAUCCUGCUGGAGAAGACCAGCAUCGAGUCACUUCGGGCGUUCCUCCUCACCUACGUCCUACAGAGACCCAAUCUCCAGAAGUAUGUCCGUGAGCAGAUCCUGCUGGCAGUGGCGGUCAUUGUAAAGAGGGGCUCUCUGGACAAAAGUAUCAACUGUAAAAGCAUCUUUCACGAGGUCGGACAGCUCAUCAGCAGCGGGAACACCACAGUGCAAACCCUGGCCUGCUCCAUCCUGACCGCUUUGCUCAGCGAGUUCUCCAGCUCCAGUAAGACCAGCAGCAUCGGCCUCAGCAUGGAAUUUCACGGUAGCUGCAAACGUCUGUUCCAGGAGGACGGUCUGCGUCAGAUCUUCAUGUUGACCAUGGAAGUGCUGCAGGAGUUCAGCCGCAGAGAAAACCUGAAUGCCCAGAUGUCGUCUGUAUUCCAGCGCUACCUGGCUCUGGCCAAUCAGGUCCUCUGCUGGAACUUCCUGCCACCCAAUCUGGGGCGCCACUACAUCGCCAUGUUCGAGGCCACGCAGAACGUCAUGCUCAAGCCGACGGAGACGUGGAGGGAAGCACUGCUGGACACCCGUGUCAUGGACCUCUUCUUCACGGUACACAGGAAGAUUCGUGAGGACUCGGACAUGGCCCAGGACUCCCUGCAGUGCCUGGCCCAGCUGGCCUCCAUGCACGGGCCCAUCUUCCCCGAUGAGAGUGCCCAGGUCUCCUACCUGGCCCACCUGGUGGAGGGCCUGCUCAGCAUGAUCAACGGGAUUGAGAUUGAAGACUCGGAGGCGGUGGGCAUCUCCAAUAUCAUCUCCAAUCUCAUCACGAUGUUUCCUCGAAGUACUUUAACGGCGCUGCCCAGCGAGCUCUUCACCUCCUUCAUCAACUGCCUCACGCUGCUCACCUGCUCGUUUGGACGGAGCGCCGCCUUCGAGGAGGUGCUGGAUAAGGACGACAUGGUUUACAUGGAGGCCUACGACAAGCUGCUGGAGUCGUGGCUGACGCUCGUCCAGGACGAGGAGCAUUUUCCUCGAGGCUGCUUCGUCCAACCAGCGAUCCAGGUCUUCAACUCGUAUAUCCAGUGUCACUUGGCUGCUCCUGACGGCACCCGGAACCUGUCAGUGAACGGUAUCUCGUCUCAUGAAGAGGAAGAGAUCAACGAGCUGCAAGAGGACGACAGAGAGUUGUUCUCUGACCAGCUGUCCAGCAUCGGCAUGUUGGGACGUGUGGCUGCCGACCACUGCAUCCCUCUGCUCACAAACCUGCUGGAGGACAGGGUGACGCGGCUUCACGGUCAGCUCCAGAGGACCCAGCAGCACCUCAUGGCCACAUCUGACCCCGGAUCUAUGGACCGCAAAGUCCUGGAUGACCUCUACGAGGACAUCCACUGGCUCAUACUGGUCUCAGGGUAUUUAUUAGCAGACGACCCUCAGGGUGAAACCCCGCUGAUCCCCUCAGAGGUGAUGGAAUUCUCCAUCAAACACUCGACAGAAGUGGACAUCAACACGACGCUGCAGAUCCUCGGCUCACCGGGAGAGAAAGCCUCUUCCAUACCGGGCUGCAACCGUACAGACUCUGUCAUCAGGUUGCUGUCAGCGGUGUUGCGGACGUCAGAGGUGGAGUCGAGGGCGACGAGAGCGAGCCUGACGGAGCUGCUAAGCCCACAGAUGGGAAAGGACAUCAUGUGGUUCCUCAGACGUUGGGCCAAGACGUACCUGCUGGUGGACGAGAAGCUCUACGAGCAGAUCAGCAUCCCCCUGAGCACAGCGUUCGGUGCAGACACGGAGGGGGCCCAGUGGAUUGUGGGAUAUCUCCUGGAGAAGGUGAUCAACAACCUGUCGGUGUGGAGCUCAGAGGCCGAGCUGGCAAACGACACGGUGGAGCUGCUGGUGACGCUGGUGGAGAAGAGGGAGAGAGCGAACAUCGUGGUUCAGUGUGAGAGCUGGUGGAACCUGGCUAAGCAGUUUGCAAGCCGCAGCCCGCCACUCCACCUGCUGUCCAGCUCUGUGCAGAGGACCCUGAUGAAAGCUCUCGUCCUGGGAGGCUUCGCUCACAUGGACUCUGACGCCAAACAGCAAUACUGGGCCGAGGUGCUUCACCCUCUGCAGCAGCGUUUCCUGAAUCUCAUCAACCAGGAGAAUUUUGCUCAGAUCAGCCAGGAGGAGGCCGUCAAACAGGAGAUCGUCGCUACGUUAGAGGCGCUGUGCGGCAUCGCCGAGGCGACGCAGAUCGACAACGUGGCCUCACUCUUCUCUUUUCUCAUGGACUUCCUCUCCAGCUGCAUCGGCCUCAUGGAGGUUUACAGCAACACGCCGGAGACAAUCAACCUCAUCAUUGAGGUUUUUGUCGAAGUGGCUCACAAGCAGAUCUGUUACCUGGGAGAGACGAAGUCCAUGAAGCUGUACGAGGCGUGUCUGACGCUGCUGCAGGUUUACUCCAAAAACAACCAGACCAGGAAACGAGGCGACGCCACGGCAGAGGAGGACCAGUACCAGGACCUGCUGCUCAUCAUGGAGCUGCUAACAAACCUGCUCUCCAAAGAGUUCAUCGAUUUCAGCGACACCGAUGAGGUGUUUCGAAAUCAAGACCAGGGAACGCCGGCGUCCAAUCGGACGGUAUCAGCUGCCGACGUGGUUCUUUAUGGCGUCAACAUUGUUCUCCCUCUCAUGUCUCAGGACCUGCUCAAGUUCCCCUCCCUGUGUAACCAGUACUACAAACUCAUCACCUUCAUCUGUGAGAUCUUUCCAGAAAAGAUCCCACAGCUGCCUGAAGACCUCUUCAAAAGCCUCAUGUUCUCCCUGGAGCUGGGAAUGACCUCGAUGAGUUCAGAGAUCAGCCAGCUGUGUUUGGAGGCGUUGUCUCCUCUGGCGGAGCAGUGCGCCAAAAACCAGGAGAAGGACACGCCUCUCUUCAUCGCCACCCGUCACUUCCUCAAGUUGGUGUUUGACAUGCUGGUCCUGCAAAAACACAACACAGAGAUGACGGUGGCAGCAGGUGAAGCUCUCUACACACUCGUGUGCCUGCAUCAGGUGGAGUACUCAGAGCUGGUGGAGACCCUCCUCUCCUCGCAAAGGGACGCCGUCAUCUACCAGCGGCUGGCAGACGCCUUCAACAAGCUGACGGCGAGCAGCACGCCGCCCACCAUGGACCGCAAGCAGAAGGUCGCCUUCCUCAAGAGCCUAGAGGAGUUUGUGGCCAACGUGGGCGGCCUGCUCUGUGUGAAAUAACCACUGGAAACCGACUCCGCCUCUGGUCAUAGUUUCUUUUACUUUUUUAUUUUUCUUUGGAAAAGCAACCAAUCAAAAAACGCUUCAUCCCUAAGAACUAAAACAGGUAGACGAGGCAGCUGGAAGCCUCUCUGUCUCUCUACCUGCUGAGGGAUACAUCUCAUGCCUGAAUGUUUACCUAGUUUUCACCUCCUCGGAUUUCCCUCCUGAAGCCCCGCCCCUUUACCCCAGCAUGAUUGACAGUUGAUGAUGAUGAUGUGGUAAACAUGGAGACUGAACUGCAGAGCAGAUGGACUCAGUCUGAGGAUCCCUGGAGCCACGUUGGCCGACAUGACGGAUCGAUGACGAUCAUGACAGCGGGAGGAGGCGGAGCAUCAGCAGCUGAUGAUGAUGAUGACAUCACCUCCUUUACCUGGAGGCUACACACACACACACACACACACACACACACGGACAUACGCACAGAGUGACAUUGAGAGAAGUUGCUGUUAUUUAAAAACUGAAGGAGUCAUUUUUUUUUCCAGUUUGACGUUUUUGUAGUUGAAAUAUUAGAGGGGCCAUUAUGUUUCAAGAAUGCCAUGGCGCGCGCACACACACACACACACACACACACACACACACACACACACACACACACACAUUAUUUUAACACCAAGCACACACAUGCCGCCAGCAUCCUUCCCAGAGUGCCUUUGUUUUGUUGAUUGUUCUGUGUGUGCGCGUUUUUUUGUCAUGCAUUAACUGACAAACUGUGCCUGCCAUUCGCUAAAAACACAGCGGAUGCACACACACACACACAUACACGCACACAAAAAAUAAAAACGCACAUGCACACACCUGAAUUGUUGCAAUGAUAACAAAGGUAUGGCCGGCCCGGCUGUCUUUGGGGUUUGCUGAACCACAACGGCACAGGAGGGCAUUCUGUUUGUUUGUUUGUUUGACGGAAAACCAAAAUCAGAUUCACUAAAAGGGUGUAAAUAUAUAAAUAUAAUGUUUUCAAACCAGAAAUCACAACAAAUGUUUAAAAAAACAUGACUGAAAUGUUUUUAUAUGCCAGACGGCAGGAAGAGUUCAGCAUUGUAUGAACUCACACAGACUCUCUCGGUUUUGACCUUUUUGCAGUUUGAUAUUUUUUCUCUAUUUGGAUUGUAGUAUUAUGUCGCGGACACAUGACGAAGGCUCGGUGGAAGGAUUGGGGCCUCUAAACGUUCAGCAGAUAAUAAUUUCAGUAGUAUUUUUCUACAGCAGCACAUCCACCAUUAUCACUCUUCAACACACACACUGGAUUGAAGCAGAGACUGUUUGAGCUGACGGACAGCAAUAACAAACCAAAUAAAAAGGAGCAGAGCCACUCGUUGAAGCAUUAUGUCGGAGACCUCCUUGUUCAGAGCACUAUCCUGGUUAUUGUAGAACGGCUGUUUUGUUAAUGAAGUGUAAAAGUGUACAUAAACUUAUUGUAUAAAAUG